AUGAAGAUACUCGCCGUUGUGUUUUUAACGACAGCUUUAACGCUGGCUGCUGGACAGACGCUGGAGGAUUGUCUGCAGAACGACAGUAUCUCAUGUGUGCAGAAGAGUUUGUACAGAAAGGCGAAGGAGUUCUUCGACAAGGACAGCUACGAGCUGUUCAGUGGUGUUAGUCUCGUGAAGAACGCCGAUAACCAGGGAAGAAGCUCCAGGACCGGGAAAGAUCUGCUCUACGAUCAGGAGAUCGACACGGCUAACAAUGUCGCGGAUAGACAGAGUGCACUGGAGAGUUUCGUCAGCGACGAGGCUGGAGAGUUCCUCACUGGUCGCAGUUUACGGAUCAACUUUGCUCCCGCUUUCGAGAAGAUCGGCGACUCGGCUCGUGCCCUGAGUGACUCCGCACCGGAAGAGGUCCGGCAGGCUGUCAACGAAAUCGUCGAAGGCCGAGGCAAGAAGAAGAUACUGAAAUCGAUCCUGCCGCUGUUGAUCGCGGCGAAAGUGAAAAUCGGCGCCCUGGCAACUCUGGCAUACUUCGGCAUCGGUUUGCUCGCCAAGAAGGCGAUCUUCGCUUCCCUGAUCUCGCUCGCCAUCUCGGCGUUCAUCGGUCUGAAAGCUCUGUGGUCGAAGAACUCUCACGAUGUCACACCUUACAACGGCUGGAGCGGCGGUUCAUCGAGCGGAGGAUGGUCCGCGCCAGUUGCAAACGGAGGAUGGUCCUCUGGUUCCUCUUGGGACGAUUCUCACGGCUACGCGCAGAGUCAAGCAUAUUCUGGCUACCAUCACUAA